CCGCCUCCUUUCUCGGUGCAGAUCGCACUUGCAGCCGUUCAUGAAUCGACUCAGCCGCGGAGGCAGCGUUUCCACGCAUCAAAGUUUGUUUCUUUCCUCCGAAGUGGACAGAACGAUCACCGGAUUCUCAAAUGAUUAAAUCCGAAGCCAUUUACUGAGACUAACCGUGAAAACGGCAGGAUAGAAGAUAAAUACCUGCGUGUUCAGAGCUUUGCAAAAUGAAACUUUGGUGUUGGGUGUUAGCUGUUGUCUUGUAUGCAGAAUCUGCAGGCGCGGGGACAGAGCUCUCGGAGCCAUGUGCUGGAAGAGACUGCAGGGGACCGUGUCCAUGUUUACCCUUAAAGGGUGGCAGGGGGAAGCCAGGGUCACUAGGUCCACCAGGGAUCAUGGGUCCUGAGGGAUUCGUCGGUGGACCGGGGCCUAUUGGGCCAAAGGGUGAAGCGGGUCAUGUGGGACGCAGAGGACCCUCUGGACUAAAGGGGGACAAGGGCCCAAUGGGUGUUCCUGGGUUCAGUGGUAAUGAUGGCAUUCCUGGACACCCUGGUCAACAGGGGUCCAGCGGACCUCCAGGACUUGACGGGUGUAAUGGCACACAAGGUGACCCAGGUGAUGGAGGACGUAGGGGAUUUACCGGUAGAUCUGGACCCUCGGGAUUGCGUGGUGUAAAAGGACAAAAAGGAGAACCAAAUUAUGUAAACAUUCCUAAACCAUCCCCAGUGAAAGGCCCUACAGGUCCAAUAGGAUUUCCAGGUCUAACAGGGUCCAGAGGUCCGGAUGGGUUUCCUGGUGUGCCUGGUCCACCUGGUCUUCCAGGAUCCCCAGGUAGCCCCGGCCAAGGAUAUAAAGGAGACCCCGGAGAAAAGGGGGAUGUUGGUCCACAAGGAGACACUGGUAGCCCGGCCGUUCAGUUUAACGCUCCACCAAUAAGCAGUAUCAACAAAGGAGAGAAGGGAGCUGUGGGCCUGCCCGGUGACCCAGGCCGCCCACUGGUCAAUGGAGUACUGGAGUUUGUUGGCUUUCCCAAAGGAGACAAAGGAAUAAAGGGUGAUAAAGGUUAUGCCGGAGCACCGGGUAGCAUUGGGGAACCAGGAUCACCAAGCCCAUUUGGUUCUAGAGGAGACUUUGGUGAAAAGGGAAUUCCAGGAUUGCCAGGAUUAAGGGGUCUUCCGGGUUUGAAUGGACCUCCUGGACCUUCAGGCACUAAAGGCUUUCCUGGGAGUACUGGACUUUCGGGCCAACCAGGCUUUUAUGGCACAAAAGGUGAUAGAGGAGAACAAGGUCCACCUGGACCAUCCUUUGGACUAGCAGGUGGAACUCCAGGUCCACGGGGUGAUCCUGGGAUUGCUGGUUAUCCUGGGCGAAUUGGAGAUCAAGGUUUUCCAGGUCUUCCAGGUCCACCUGGUCCUCCUGGAUUUCCUUCGUUUGACACAGGACGCCCAGCAAGACCUGGGCCCCCUGGGAGUCGUGGAGUUAAAGGAGAGAAGGGAAACCCAGGCCGGGAUACAUAUGGCUCUGAAGGUUUUCCUGGAAGCCUGGGCUUUCCUGGACCCCCAGGUCCCUCUGGACCACCUGGUGAAGCACCUCCUGCAGGUGAGCUCUCAAUAGGGUCACCGGGACCCAGAGGUCUGCCAGGUGUAAGAGGUCCAUCUGGAGGCAGCGGAUUUAAAGGAUUUAAAGGAGAAAAUGGCGACUGUGAUUGUUUGGGUGGCAGCACUAUUGGUGAACGAGGACCUCUAGGGCCUCCGGGGGCCCCAGGUUUCUUAGGACUGAAUGGUGUGAAGGGCGAAAUUGGUGACCCGGGAUUCCAAGGACUCAGUGGGCUGCAGGGCCCGAAUGGGCGUGAGGGUGGUCAAGGCUUUUUCGGGCGUAAAGGACAGAAAGGUGAACCCUCUUUCCGUCAAGGUAAAGGACCAAAAGGUGAUAGGGGUCGGCUGGGUCUUGCUGGGGCACCUGGAGCAACUGGCGACCCCGGAAGGACUGGGUCUUCUGGUUUCCCUGGACUACCAGGCCAACCUGGGGAUCCUGGUUUUGGAGUGACCGGAGAUAAAGGUUUUCCUGGUAUCCCAGGAUUCAAAGGACGUCCUGGUGCAGUUGGAGAGCCUGGCUUUGGUUUUCCUGGUGCAGCUGGGUUCAAAGGGUCACAAGGUGACCCUGGAUUCAAUGGCCUUCCUGGGCCACCUGGAUCUCCAGGGCUUCAAGGUGACAGCUGUGGGCAGGCGGGGCUUAAUGAUGCCUCUUUGGAAGAGGGAGGAACAGAACUGCCCUGUAGGAUUCCUGGAAUUCCUGGAGAACCUGGAUUUCUUGGACGUCCUGGAGUGCCAGGGCCAAAGGGUCAGCUUGGUCCCCCGGCAGGUAGAGGACGGACAGGGCUAGAUGGGCCAAAGGGUGAGAGAGGAAACCCAGGCACUGGAGGUUUUCCUGGUCCUCAGGGUUUUCCUGGACCCAGAGGAGAUUCAGGUCUACCAGGAGUAACAAAUGCUGGCUUACAAGGAACUACAGGAAGAAACGGUUUUCCAGGUGUGCCCGGGGCAAAGGGACAACCUGGUGAGGUUCUUGGGGCGACCCCUGGAGGUCCAGGACUUUCAGGAAGGCCAGGAGAGCCAGGAGACAAGGGUCAACCUGGGACACCUGGAUCAUAUGGAAGGCCUGGUACUGAUGGCCGCGAUGGAUUUCCUGGGGCAAAGGGUGAACGGGGUUUGGAUGGAAGAGGUGGCUCUCAAGGCCCGCCAGGUCCACCAGGCGAAUAUGUUCCUGGGGGUAUUGCUGGACCUAGGGGCCCGGCUGGAUCUAAUGGGUUUCCUGGAAAUGCAGGAUUCUCUGGUCAAAAGGGUACGAGAGGAGAUCCAGGCCUUCCAGGGCCUGGUGGAAUAAAAGGUUUUCCUGGAUUACCUGGUGUGCCAGGGUCACCGGGAUUUAGGGGACCUCCUGGACCCUCUGGUUCUGGAGGCCGCCCAGGCCUGCCUGGAAGAUCUGGAAUAAAGGGGGUUAAAGGGUCUCUAGGGUUAUUGGGAUUCCCUGGAUUUCCUGGUUCUCCUGGAGUAUCAGGUAGCCCAGGUAUUAAAGGCUUGCCAGGUUUAAGAGCACAGGAUGGUUCAACUGGAAGAGGCGGAGCGAAAGGAAUCAAAGGGGAUCGUGGAUCUCCGGGUGUUCCAGGACCCCCUCCUCCAUUGAUUCCAAAAGAGCGGCUGCCAAAGGGUGAACCAGGUGACCCAGGAAGCAACGGACUGCCUGGUUUUCCAGGACCAAGAGGUGAUAAAGGUUUUCAGGGGCAACCUGGACGUCCAGGCUUUCCUGGACUACCUGGUCUGGCAGACCGAGUGAAAGGUUUUCCUGGCCAGCCUGGAUUCCCAGGCAUUCCUGGUUCGUCUGGUUUUCCAGGGCCAAAAGGAUCACCAGGUGUCAUUGGCUUUCCAGGCUCAACCGGUCUGAGGGGUGAUGAUGGUGCACCUGGACUUCAAGGGUUUUCAGGACCUCAAGGACAGCCUGGUGCCAAAGGUGAGAAAGGUGACACCUAUUCAUCACCUGGGGUCCCUGGAGCCAAAGGUAUUAUUGGAGAGCCUGGAUAUUCUGGUCGUCCUGGGCUUCCUGGUAAUGUGGGUGACCCUGGUUUCUCAGGACCCCCUGGAUUUCAAGGCCAGAAAGGUCCUCGUGGGGAGCAAGGAGCACCGGGAUUUGCCUCACAAGGUGUCCCGGGCAUUAGAGGUCUGCCCGGUUAUCCAGGAGCGAAUGGGCGUAAUGGAGGGCCAGGCCUUACUGGAGCUACAGGCUCACCCGGAGGGAAAGGUUUUCGAGGGUCACCUGGUUUAGAUGGCCUCAAUGGUCUUCCAGGAUCCAAGGGGCAGCCUGGAGUUCCAGGUGUGGUUGAAGGCGGUCGGCCUGGUGCUUAUGGUCCAGCUGGCCUGAAGGGAGAAAGAGGCUCAUCGGUGGCGGGAGCCCCUGGACGCCCUGGAGAAAGGGGAAUCAAAGGAGACAAUGGUUUUCCUGGGUUGAGAGGCUACCCUGGAAAUCCGGGCCCUCCUGGCCCACCUAGUCCCUCUAACAUCCCGGGUCCUUUCGGAGACCCUGGACUUCCAGGAUUAGACGGACGGGAAGGUCCCACUGGUCCUCCUGGUCUCCCUGGUCCACCAGGCCCUGGAACGGUUCAAGGAGAGAGAGGAGAUGCUGGUUAUCCUGGACCACCAGGUACACCAGGACCACGUGGAGACCCUGGUAUUUCUGGGUCCCCGGGAUUUGCCGGCCGUCCUGGUUUCAAAGGACAAAGAGGUGAUCCUGGCUAUAGUGGUAAAGAUGGACCACCAGGAGACAUAGGAGAACCAGGGAGUUAUGGCAGCAGAGGAUUGAAAGGGGAAAGGGGUUAUCCUGGUCCUAAGGGGAGACCAGGUUAUGUCUACCAAACGGGAAACUCAACUGCUAUUGCACAGCCUGGUGAUCCUGGCCUCCCGGGUCGUCGUGGGCCUAUUGGUCAGUCAGGAAUACCAGGCGUGCCAGGCAGUCCAGGACCCUCAGGUCCCAAAGGUGUGAGGGGGUCACAAGGCAGACUCGGUCCAGCCGGUCCUUCUGGAUCUUCAGGACUCUCCGGUGACCCCGGGGCUUCAGGAUUCCAAGGACCAACAGGACCUCAAGGACCCCGCGGCCAGCCAGGGUUGCCAGGUCCUCCUAGUACACCGUCACGCAGUGUCAGUGUUGGUUUUACUCUGGUAAAACACAGUCAGUCCAGCUUCGUCCCCAUGUGUCCUCAAGGCAUGGAUAAGUUGUGGGAGGGCUACAGUUUGCUCUACGUGGAGGGACAGGAGAAAGCACACAACCAAGAUCUGGGAUUACCUGGGUCCUGCCUACCUUAUUUCAGCACCAUCCCUUUCCUGUACUGCACACCCAACGAAAUUUGUCACUAUGCUAGCCGCAACGAUAAAUCCUAUUGGCUAUCCACCACGGCGCCUAUUCCUAUGAUGCCUGUAGCAGGUCAGCAGAUAUCCCAGUACAUCAGCCGCUGCUCAGUGUGCGAGGUUCCAUCUCGAGCAGUCGCUGUACAUAGCCAGGAUCUCACCAUACCUACCUGUCCUCAGGGCUGGAGAAGUCUGUGGAUUGGUUACUCCUUCCUUAUGCACACAGCCGCAGGUGGGGAAGGUGGAGGCCAGUCUUUAAUGUCACCCGGUUCUUGUCUGGAGGAUUUCCGUGCCACACCCUUCAUCGAGUGCAAUGGUGCUCAAGGCACAUGUCACUAUUUUCUCAACAAGUACAGUUUCUGGCUGACCACGGUGAAUCAGAAUGAACAGUUCUCCGAUGGUCCGACCGGGGAAACACUGAAAGGAGAUCAGUAUCGCUCACGAGUCAGUCGCUGUCAAGUCUGCAUGAAGAUCUUGUGAUGCACAGCAGAAAAAAGUGACUAUCAAAACAAGUCGAGGAGGCUUUUGAGGAUGAAGUGAUUUGUUGACCUUCUAUAUAUAUAUAUAUAUAUAUAUAUAUAUAUAUAUAUAUAUAUAAGACACCUAGCAGUGAUAAGGAGAGAUUAAGAAAACCCACACUAUAGUAGGAGAAUAAUGGGAGAGUUUUCUUCUUACAUGUUCAUUAACAGUGGUGCUACAGUCUGUUCAUGUUGCUUUUUUAUUUUUGGAUAUAUUUACGGCUACCUCGGAGAGUGCAUCCCAGUGGAUGGCACCGAAUGGUACACAAUAUAGAUUUCAAAAGAAUUCAUACAGCAAGAUCUUAUUUAGCUGGUUGCUACUGCGUUUCAGUUACAGUACAUAUUGGCUUUACACGCCUGUUUUGGUGCUUCCAUUACUGUUGGCCAAAAUGGACACACCAGCACUUUGUAAUCCAUAUGAAUGAGUGAAAUUGUUCCUUGCGAAUAUCAAUUGAAAUGACUGACUUAUCUAUCCCCAAAAAUAUGUAUCCUUUAUGAAUUGCACUGAAGUUUAUAUCUGGAAAAAUCACAUGCAACUGAUGUAAGUAAAUUUACAUAGUCCUUCUAGUAUUUAGUUAUAUUUAGCAAAGUGAUUUUCUUUCAUUAGUGAGAACAUCCAUCAAAUAUGAACAAUAAUAUAAUAUAAGUGAUACUCUUGUUAUUUUAUGGAUAUUGUUUAUCCUUCAUAAUUCACGACUUCAUAUUCCCAACAAAAAUGGGGUUGAACAGAAAUGUGAAGCAUAUCAAAAGUUCUUUAAGCAUAUCAAAAUGAUUGUUUUUAUAUUUGUAUUCGAACCGAAACCUUUUCUAAGAAAAUGUCUAGUUCACUGUGUGCAUUUGAGGUGGUAUAUAGAGUAAUACUAAGUGAAGUGGUUUCCUAAUAAUUGUGUAAUAUGUUACCACUAUGACCACUAAGCCAUUCAGUCUCUCAUUGGUAGUUUACUUGAACACAUUUCAUUUUAAUUCUGUUGCAAUUUCUCUUGUGUCUGUAAGUGAUUAGAUUAUAGUUCAUUCACAUCAUCCCUCAUUGAUGGAAAAAUACAUUUAAGCUAAGAGACUUUAUACACUUAUAAAUAUGGAAAGCUUUCCCUAUUUCUGUCUGUAAUUUUCAAAAAUAAAGUUUGUACAUUUGUGACGAU